AAGAGUUAUGUACCAUCCAGAAGCUCCAUCGUAGGAUGAUGUGGCGUGGUAUAGAUAAGUGGAACCUGCAUCAUCAUGUCCCUCGGUGAAGCUGUUCUUGCCCGUGGGGCUGAGGGCUGAAAAAAACCGUCAUGAUGAUGAACCUGACAUAGCCUGACAGUCAUUUGGGGCCGAUCUUACGGCAUAUUUGUGCUUGUUUGUAGAAGGAAUGAUCAUAUCAAACUAUUUCUGAUCGUCCACGCAGAAGAAACUAGAAGAAACCAGUACUGCGGCGAUCUCUGCAUGUUUUCAGAUGAGGAUACGGCCCUCAUUCAUGCAGUGCAGAAGCAGUAUGCUUCCCUGAAUCACAAGCUACCGAGAGGAACUUUCACGAUUCUAGCUGCGAUCGCCUUGACUUCGUCUGAUCCUUUGUCAACUCAGCCAAAGAUCAUCGCAUUAGCUACAGGAUGCAAGUGCCUUCCAAAGGACAAGCUUCCCAUGCAAGGCGAGGCUGUACACGAUAGCCAUGCAGAAGUUCUCGCUCGUCGCUGUGCUAUCCGUUGGUUGAUCGAAGAGAUCGGUAGGGCAUCUGAUGGACCGCAUUGGCAUUCUGCAUGGAUAUCCAAAACGACAGAUGGGCGCUAUCGUCUUAAAGACGGCGUCCACAUGAUCAUGUACAUAUCAACACCCCCUUGUGGAGACGCUUCUAUGCGGUUCCUUGCUGCUUUCCAGGAUGAGGAAAUGGCGGCGAUUAAGGACUCCGCAGUGUUUUCUCCUUUGGCCCCAAACGCCCCCUCCAGAGGGCGCGAUAAUUACUCCCUUUUUGGAGUUCUCCGCACGAAGCCCGGGCGUGCGGACUCUCCUCAAACGUUGUCAUUAUCUUGCAGUGACAAAAUAGCGCGAUGGAACGCACUUGGGAUACAGGGCGCUUUGGGCUCUGCUUUUUUUCACCCGAUCUACUUGACAAAGAUCAUCAUUGGCGAAGUCCCGCAAGAUCUACAUGACGUUGUAAAGUCGGAUUGUGAACGAGCAUUCUGGGGGCGUCUGCAAGAUAUUUAUGGCCUUCCAGAGGGAUAUAAACUGAGUCGACCGGAAGUCCAGUUCACGUCGGUUGUGUUCGUCCAUUCAAGGUCGGCACAAGAGCAUUCUUCACCUGCUCAAAGAUCGUGCAAUGAAUCUUUGACUUGGGUCGCGGACUCGCCAUCACCGCAGGAGAUACUGAUAAACGGCCUCAAACGAGGCGUCCCUCCAAAACAUCGCUACAAGAUAAUUUUCUGGCCCAGGCUCUCCAAAGUCUCUUUGUUUCAACUGUACAGACAGACGAGGAGCAUACAGAACCUGCCUCCUGAAAGUAAAACAAUGACCUAUUAUCAAGUGAAGGAGAGCAUGACCCAGUACCAGACUGCGAAAAAUUGUUUGCUAGGGGGUGGUCGGCCUUUUUCGGGGUGGAUUCGAAGUGGAGCUCGAUGGGAGAACUUCGAUUCUAGUAGUGACAUCGGACAACGAAGGACUAACGUUACGGAUUAGACGCCAGAAAGAAAGCAACGAAAGCGCAUGUAUGUAAUUGUAGUAUGUAGAACCUGUGAUAGAUAACUGGGGUAUAUAUUAGGGAGCACAACGAAUCGCAAUAUGUGGCGUUCCAAAGCGUUUCCGAAACACUGAGAAAUACAGGAGAAUUGGACAACCGUUGGCAUUAUGCCUAUUGUUCCUUAUCCUUGUCAGGAGAGUCGGCUUCCGAGAGCAGUUCGUCUAGGGAAGUAGCUGGCAACCUCUGAACCAUUAGUAAUGGCGAACUGGCACUCGAUUCAACAUCCGUAAAUGUGGGGCUUGAUCUGCCAGAGCGACUGCUGUUGGUGUUGUUGUUACUGCUAUCUGCAAGCUCCUUUCGGAGUGCCUCCAAUUCGCGCUCGAACCUUCGAG